AUGUCUAACAAAGGCGAAAGGCUUCAAUUUGCAUCCGAAUUGUACAAUCUGUCAUCUUACCUGGAGGGAGAAAACGAUGAUAAAUUUGCAGGCGUGGCUUCCAAGGUCGAGGAUCUCAACACCAGCAUUCGAUAUCAGAAAUGGCCGCAGUUCAAUUUGAAGAAAAGCACUGGGCGCACUCGCACUGAUGGGACGGAAGGGCGAUCUGACAAUGGCCAAGAUGGUAAUGGCAGUGAUGAAGACGACGAGUUUGAAGCAGAAGGAUACGAGUUGGUACCUGAUCAUUUUGAGUGUGGAGGCACAUGGGAACCGUUGUACAAGUUACCACCUCACAUACGGACUGUACGUCGUGUAGGGGACUCCAGCGGGACGGAAUUCAUCGCAAAACGAAUCAGCGACAAAUCGAACGAGCUGAAGAUCCUCGAAUUUCUGCGCACGAUAAAGCCGCCAUCGAAUCACAUCAUCACUUUACUCAAAACAAUUAGAACAAGUUUGGGGAAGUACCUCAUAUUUCCGAAGAGAAGCUCCAUCGACGAGGAACUCCAAUUUUACGCUGACGGCGGUGUGCUUCGCGGCAAGUUCGUUCAGCUCAGCCGCGAUCUGGCCAAAGGGCUAGCGUUCCUUCACGAGCACGGAGUAGCUCACCUGGACAUCAAGCCCGAGAACCUUGUCUACACCGUCAGCUUCCGCCUGCAGAUCAUUGACUUUGAUAUCGCUGUCCGAGUCAAGGAUGCAGACCAAGAGAUCAACGAGUACUGUGGCAGUCCCGGAUGGAUGGCGCCGGAAAUUGGGGAGGAGAACGGUCCGCCAACCAUGUACAGUCCCAUCAGGGCCGACAGGUGGUCUUGCGGUCGUGUUUUCUACGUCUUCGCUGAGAGGAUUAGGAGGAACGGGGACAAGGAUGAAGGCCUCAUGGCCUUUGCGACACGGCUGAUGGACAAGAAUCCGCGGCGUCGACCGUCAUUGCUUGAGUGGUCCGAACCGUCCAAUGCGCCGCCAUCGGGCAGUGGAAAUGGGUCGGAAAAGGACGAGGAAGAGAGACCCGAAGCUCGGAAGAGGAACGCUGCGGAGGUCAUUGGCGAAUUGACGAAUCCGGAGAAGAGACGCAAGGUCGAUUGA